AUGGGAGUACAAUCGCAAUCAAAGGAAAAUCUCGUCAAUUCGACGUCUUUUGAUUCAAAUCCGGAAGAGGGCGCUGGUACCAAAGAAGAUCUCCUUCUCGACGAAUUACAAGAUGUCGUUCUCACGCAAGUUGAAAAACGGUUUUUACUGAGUGCAGAACGCGGUGACUGUGCUACCGUUCGUCGGUUAAUUCAUGAAUACAAGGAUAAACCUUUAGAAUUGAACAUCAAUUGCACAGAUCCGUUGAAUCGCAGCGCCCUCAUCUCAGCAAUCGAGAAUGAGAAUAUUGAGUUGAUGAAUUUGUUGUUGGAAGAGGGAAUUAAGGUUAAAGAUGCUUUGCUGCAUGCAAUUAAAGAAGAAUAUGUCGAAGCUGUUGAGACGCUUUUGUGCUGGGAAGAAGACAAUCAUGUCGCUGGAGAACCUUAUAGUUGGGAAGCUGUUGAUAGAGCAGCUUCAACUUUUACGCCGGAUAUAACGCCACUUAUUCUCGCAGCACACAAAAAUAACUAUGAAAUUAUAAAAAUCUUGCUGGAUCGAGGUGCGACGUUGCCAAUGCCGCAUGACGUUCGUUGUGGAUGCGAUGAAUGCGUUGCCGCAAAUGAAGUAGACAGUCUUUGCCACUCACAAUCACGUAUUAAUGCGUAUAAAGCACUUUCGGCAAGUUCAUUGAUUGCCCUUAGCUCACGUGAUCCAAUAUUGACCGCAUUCGAACUCUCGUGGGAGUUACGUCGUUUGAGCAGAAUGGAAACGGAGUUUAGAGCGGAAUACAAUGUGAUGCGAAAGAACGUCAUGGAAUUUGCCUGUUCCUUACUCGAUCACGCACGUACCUCCAACGAGCUCGAAAUAAUGCUGAAUCACACGACAGACGAAGAUGAGCCAGCUUGGGAGCCCGGCGAACGUCAAACUCUCAAUCGACUCAAGUUAGCUAUCAAAUAUCAGCAAAAGGCUUUUGUGGCGCAUCCAAAUGUGCAACAACUCUUGGCGAAAAUUUGGUACGAAGGAUUGCCGGGAUUUCGACGAAAAGGCAUGGUUGGUCAAUUAUCGCAAGUUGGAAAAUUGGCGGCAAUGUUUCCGGUUUACAGUAUGAUUUAUAUGCUGAUGCCGUAUUCUGAAUCGGGAAAGUUUAUGAAGAAGCCAUUUGUGAAGUUUAUCUGUCAUUCAGCGUCUUAUGCGUUUUUCUUGACUCUUCUUGGCGCCGCAUCGCAACGCAUUGAAACUUUAGUCUUCGAGUGGUUUGGCAACGAAUGGAUGCAAGAAAUGGCAGCUGAAUGGAAACGCAAAGAACGUGGAUCUCUACCGGGCUUUAUCGAAUGGGCUGUCAUCAUUUAUGUCGUUAGUUUAUGUUGGCACGAGAUAAAAUCUCUCUUCACGGAAGGUCUCAUCGAAUAUAUCAACGAUUUAUGGAACAUUGUGGAUUGCGCGGCAAAUUCGGCGUUCAUGCUGUGGAUUUUUCUGCGAUUUUACUCAAUUUUUACCGUUUACCACGAUUAUCAGCUCGGGAUGAAUCCAUGGAUGCCACGUGAACAAUGGAGUUCUUUUGAUCCAAUGUUAUUGUCGGAAGGCGCUUUUGCUGCCGGGAUGAUUUUCUCCUUUUUAAAGCUCGUUCACAUCUUUUCCAUUAAUCCGCAUUUGGGACCGUUGCAAGUUUCGCUUGGCAGGAUGAUAAUUGACAUCAUAAAGUUCUUCUUCAUCUAUACUUUGGUGCUUUUUGCCUUCGGAUGUGGCUUGAAUCAGUUGCUUUGGUAUUAUGCGGAUCUCGAGAAGGACAAAUGUUAUCACGAAGACGAUCAUACGCCGGAUUUUGACAAUCAUGAGAAGUCUUGUGCGAUUUGGCGGCGAUUUUCGAAUCUUUUUGAGACGUCACAGUCGCUGUUUUGGGCGUCGUUCGGUUUAGUGGAUUUGAUGGCGUUUGAAUUGCAAGGAAUUAAGGGUUUUACGCGAUUUUGGGCUUUGCUGAUGUUCGGAUCGUACAGUGUGAUCAACAUUAUUGUGCUGUUGAACAUGCUGAUUGCCAUGAUGAGUAAUUCGUAUCAAAUUAUUUCGGAGAGAGCGGAUACUGAAUGGAAAUUCGCCCGCUCCAAACUCUGGAUGAGCUACUUCGAGGACGGCGAUACAUUGCCCCCUCCUUUCAACUUGUGUCCUUCGCUGAAAAUCUUCUGCCGCUGGGCAAAGGAGAAACGCUCCACACUGAGCAUCAAGAAAAAAUCGCGAGAUAUCGCCCAGAAACGUCACGACACGGUAAUGAAACUGCUGGUUCGUCGUUACGUCACCGCCGAGCAACGCAAACGAGACGAUUAUGGCGUUACGGAGGACGACGUCAUGGAAAUUCGACAGGAUAUCUCGGCGAUGCGGUACGAGAUGAUCGAUAUUUAUCGUUCGAACGGCAUGAAGACGCCAGAUGUCAACAAACAGGACAUCGCCGGCAAAAAGGGUCGAGUGAUGGAACGACGCAUCCUGAAGGACUUCCAAAUCGGAUUUGUUGAGGGAAUUUUGGCGGAUGCGGCAGAGGGCGGGGCUCAAACCGACAUUUUCUCGAGUAUUGCGAAGAAUAUCGGCAAGAAAUCCGUUAAAAAACAAAGUCAGAAGAAACAGGACUGGAAUGCGAUUGUUCGCUCCAAUACCAUUCGUGGCGAUCCAAUUGGAAGUCAGAGUGAAGCUGUAACGCGUAGAAAACGUCAAAGUUUGAAACGACAGAUCAUUGCAAAUGCCAAUGCUGGUCUCGAAAUGGAUACAAAUGAUCUUGUUGAUUUGAAUCCAAAAUUGGGUGAAGUGCAGCACGGAACUCGCGUGGCUUACGUUAAAUUCAUGGCGAAGAAGAUAAAGCGCGAAGUCAAGUUCAUGGAUGAAGAAUUGGGCACGAAUUCGGGAACAUCAACGACUUUUGAGCAUGAAAAACGGACCGAUUCUGCUCGUAGCUCCCAAAAAUCCAUCGAUAAAGUGUUCCGGGAGUCAAUUAAGCGAAAAAUGGAAGAAAAAGAAGAAGCAAAGGUCGAAUCCAACAGCAUCGCUCCCAAAAAAUCCUCCUUGAAGCAAUCGCAACCGGAAAAAACUGAAACUGCGAAGCCCGAACCUCCUCCAGCUCCAAAAGAAACUGUCACAGCAACGAUUGAACCAAAACCUUCCUCUCCCGUGCCAACGCCUGAGCCUCCCAAGACUCCCGAACCGCCUUCCGACAUCAAUCCUGCACUUCCGCCCGAUGCAUCGCUCGAUAUCCAUCAAUUCCGCACCACAAGUCCCAUCAUGGAAGACCCCAACGAAGAUGCCAGUGCCAACAAUAGUCGUCGAACCUCUGCCUCAGUACCUGAAAAGUCGAAUAAACUCUCGUCCCGUCAACAAUCCGUCGAUAGUCUCUCAUCGCGACCCACGACACCGACGCCUGAAAGCAAAAGAGGAUCUUUAGUUCCGACAAUUGAGACGCCCGAAGAGACUGAAGACGAUGAGAAACGUCCCAAGUCUCCGAGACCAAAGACACCAGAGAGCGGAAAAUUGUCACCUGCUGCGAUAGAUCCGACAGCGAAUCAGCUGAAUCAAGGAAGUCCGAGUCACGGCAAAUCCAAAACUUCCGGCAAGAAUCUCAGUGGAUGGUUUUGA